AUGGGUCAGAUUAAUCGAGCGGAAAAACGUGAUGAAUAUGUACGUUUCUGCAAUAUGCUUCAACGAUUGAUCGAUCUCGAUCCAUGGUCUGAAUCGAUUCGAUUGCUUCAAUUCGAUGAUGAUCAAUAUCGACCUGGGAACGAAUCUAAUGAUAAUGCAUCAAACACCAUGGGUUAUGAUGAUGUUAAAUCAUUUUGGUUACAGAUUAAGGAAGAUAUCGAUGAAUAUUAUGAACCAUCACCGACAACAGCAACAUCUAUUGAUAUCAACACAAAGAUAGUUCCUAAUGAACAGAGCAAACGUCUGGCCUUGUUUUUUACUGAAAAAGCACAGGAAGAUCAAUCGAUUAGAGCUCUAAUCACGGAUUUGAAAGAGAAAUUAACACAAUACGGUUAUCUCGUCUAUUCAGCCCACAAUCAUCGGGAGACUGAACAGAGUAUUUUCAUUUGUACGGGUCGACAAGACGAUGAAGACAAUCGUCAAAUGAUGCGAAUUGCACAACACAAUAUUAUACAACAUGAUACUAUGCGUGAUAUCUUCAUUCUUGUUAACGAAGCUAUUGAAUAUUUUCCGUGUCAAUUCAUUCGUUCAAUUCCUUAUCUAACCGUAGAUCUUCGUCAUCGAGCACCACAAUGGAAUGAGAAUGAAAUUGGUGAAGUGAUUAGUUAUAUCAAUAAAAUGAAUAUUCUCUCAAAAGAUUAUACUAAUUCAUCCGAAAAUCGAUUUGAAUUCGAUCAAGAAUUGUCUACGCAAUGUACUAGUGUGGGAUUAGGUUGUGCUGCAGCCUUCUAUUUUAAUUAUGCCAAAUUGGUUACUUCAACAAAUGAAUUGGCGAUAACCGUCGGUGGCGUCUUUCAACGUUCAUAUAGUCGUUUAAGAAUUUAUCAGUUGACACGUUUAGCCAAUAGCAAAACUAUCUGUUUUCCAAUGGAAGUGCCAGCUGCUCUAAAUGGUCUACAAAAUCAAUAUGAAUGCAUUCUUUCGCAUUUCAAUUUUGGACGUUUCGAUCCGAUGGAACAAGCUCGAGUCUUUCGAGAACAAAUUCUCGAUUAUCAAUCAAGAGACUCUCAAGCCGAAUGGCAUAAACAUAUUAUUCUGAUUCCCUUGAACGAACCUACUGAGAAUCGUUUCAGAACAGCUCAAAUAUUACUUCGAACUCUUUGGACUCAACUGACUUAG